UUUUAUCACAGCACUCUUCGGGCAUCUCUCACCGGAGAUCAUAUUCAAAGGUAGUACUAUAUUAAGUCUCAGUUGGCGAUGUUGAAGAUUCUGAAAUGGGAGACUCAUCUGAAUCUUUAUCAACUGCCAUGAUUGAAUUGCUACCCUGAAAGUGGCCAAAAUUCAUCCUCAUGCAAUUGAAUCACGAAGAUGGAUUUUGGCCAUUUCAGGGAAGCCUAUCUUUGGUAACAUUCACACAAAAUCACAUCUGAAAUCCAUUUCCCUACUGACCUAUAUGUGAAUAAGGUAGUAUGAUAUCCUUCUGUGUAAUUUUCUUUACUUUUGAUGAGGGUUAGCAUUAUCCUAGUUUCUAUUACGGGACCUUUUUGCAAUACCAUGAGAUAAUGUCUUCUUCAUAGGUACUGCAUGUGAUACUGCCCAGCUUUAGGAUCUAAUAAAAUGCCAUAUGUUUGUCUAAAAUAGAAAUAAUGUGAUUAAUAAGGUUAAGAUCACACUUAUGUGGAAAAGCAAACACAGAAGAAUAUGGAGCCUCAAAUUUUAUCUAGGUUUCAGUUUAUAUUGUGUAAAAGGAUUAAGGUAGAUACUAGAUAUUAGCAUUCUAGGUUUGAUUACCCUCUUCAUAGUCAUGUGAAGCAUUAUUGUCUGGAUCAUAACACCUUUCUCCUUAUUUUUAAUAUUAUGGAAUCCUUAUAAUUGUAAGCAAAAUCAGCCAGAAAGUAAUAAGGAAAUAAUUUUUAGACAGAUAUAACCUCUUGCCUUACAUUUUGUGAGAGGAUAACAUCUACUGUCAAUAGUAGCAGGUAGAAAAAAUUUUAGUGAAGGUUUACCUCUAACAGCAAUGCCAGUACCUUGGAUGAUGCAUAUGAUGGUUAAAAAUGGGAUUCAUGGCUUUAGAGAUUAAUUGAAGGUGAUGCUCAGUAUGUUAUGACUGAGGUUGACUUUAGCAAGGAAGGUUCACCCUUGGAUGAGAUAAGGUUGCUUAUUCAAUAUUUGCAUUCUAUCUGAUGUUGUUUCUUGCUUAAUUAGGUGUUGCAUUAAGGUGGCACACCAUUUUGCUAGGAUUGCUCUUCAUUUGCAUGAACGUUUGUUGUGUUUAGAAGAGUCUCUGCAGCUUUUAUUCAUACUUUGCUAAUGAUUUAAUAAAGUUAUGAGUUCAAUGGAUUUUAUUCACUUUUUCAUGAUAGAAGAAAAACCCUUCAGUUGAAUAUUAAUAUUUUGAAUUUGAAGUAGGGGGUGGGCUGCAUAUCAGUUUGAGACGACUCGAACUCAAUGCAAAAGUUGAGGGAUUGAGACAUUGACUUCAGCGGCCCUUGACUUAUCCUAUACACAAACUCAAAUAUGAGAUGAUCUGCUAUUACGAAAAUAAGCUUUACACCCAUUUAACUAGCAUUGUAAGACAAAUAAUUCCAUUUUUACAUAUUCCUGAGACAUUGUAUUAUAAUAUAUAGGUUCAUUUAUAUAGUUGAUUGUGCCCAUUUGACAAGCAUUUUAGACAUGUUCAAUAUAUGACUCGGUGUAUAUGUUGACUCCUAUAGUUCAUUGUCAAUGUUAAUUUCAGUCCGACUUAUAGCUUGGCCUGUGUGCUCUGUGUUUCUUCCAUAUAUGUAGUGAAGAAUACUACAAUAGGGAACAAUAAUGGUAAACUUUCUAUUAAACUUGUAGAGUUAAGUUUUGUUUGGAUUGGUUCAUAUGAUUAGGAUGAAGACCAAUUGUUAAGAUUUUGGAUUAUCUCUAUGACUAUUUAUAGCAAGGACUUAAUGAGUUGAUGCAAGUACGAUUAUUGCUUUCCAUCAUUUCAGAGAAUAGUAAAUUUCAGAACCGAGCUUCCUAGCUCCUUACGUUCCAGCUGCCUGUAUGGCCCAUGCAUUAUUACUCUGGACCAUAAAAGAGAAAAGAGACGGAAGGGGCGUGAAUAGGGAAUCUUAUCUACACAACCCAGUUCCCACUCAACUCUGAGAUUUUGAUCUGUUGGUUCGUCCAUGGCUCUGUUCCGAGGUCACAAGGCCUCCCUUUCUAGAUGUAUACUUCUCCUUCUGGAUUUGCUUAUGACUUGUUCCUGAGCUUCAGAGGUGAAGACACCCGAAAGAACUUCACUGACCACCUCUACAUGGCCCUUGUAAAUGCCCGAUUUCGAACUUUCUGGGAUGACAGACUCGAGAAAGGGAAAAAUAUCAAGGAAGAGCUUGAGAAUGCCAUUCGACAGUCACGAAGUUCAGUCAUUGUGUUUUCGAAAGACUACACCUCUUCCAAAUGGUGCCUGGACGAGCUUGUCAUGAUCCUUGAACGCAAGAGGACCUCCAAUCAUGUCGUGUUACCGGUAUUCUACGACGUUAAUCCAUCUCAACUGAGGAAACAUGCAGAAACUCUUGCAAAGGUUCCUAAAUACCAAGAAAAUCAAUCCUCGGAGAAGUUGAAUGGAUGGCGGGCAGCACUUAGAGAAGUUGCAGAUCUAGCAGGAAAUGUUUUAGAAAAUGAAACUGACGGCUGGCUAGCUUGUAGGAUUGCAAUUUAUAGGCACGAGUCAAAGUUCAUCCAAAAAAUUGUUAGAGAGAUUCAAGACAAGCUAGUUCGUGUGCCCCUAAGCGAUGUCCGGAAGGAAUUAGAAGAUAAGUUGUUAUCUGUUAACCCUGUUCUUGAUGAUGCCGAGGGGAAGCAGCUGAAAUUCCAAACGACUCUGAAGCCAUGGCUCCAUAAGCUUAAAGAGACUGUCUAUGAGGCAGAGGACCUGUUGCAGGAGAUCAAAACAGAAGUGUUGAGGCAAAAGAACAAUGAUGAAUAUGGGAGUAGCAGCAGUAAGGUACAAGAGCUCAUCUCUACUCCAUCUCAUGCUUUUGACUCAGUUUUAAUAUACUCCAGGGUAGAGGAAGUUCUUGAAAAACUAAACAACAUUCCGAAGCAGACAAAAGAUGUCUUGGAUUCGGCAGUAACCGCUGGACACAGAGUAUCACAAACACUACUGUCAACUUCUUUGGUAGAAAAGUCUGUGUCUGGAAGAGAUGAAGAGAAAGAAACAUUGGUUAAGUUAUUGCUAUCAGAUGAUGAGACUGGCAAUAAAAUAGGUGUGAUUCCUAUUGUGGGUAUCGGUGGGAUCGGAAAGACCACCCUUGCCCAGUUUCUAUACAACGAUGUUAGAGUCGAGCAACAUUUUCACCUCCAAGCAUGGGUUUGCGUUUCAAAAGAAUUUGAUGUUUUUAGGAUCUCGCAACACAUUUAUGAGUCCCUUACUUCAAAAGCUUGCCAAAGCACAAACCUAGAUCUGCUUCUAUCAAAGUUGCAGGCAACUUUGAGGGGGAAAAGGUUCUUCUUUGUUCUUGAUGACAUCUGGAAGAAGAAUUAUAACCAGCUGGAAUUCUUAAUGCGUCCCCUUGAGUCUGGAGCACAUGGAAUCAAGAUCAUUGUCACAACACGUGAUGAAAAUAUUGCACGUAUGAUGGGUAGCCUUGAAGCUCACCAUCUCAUGCCAAUGUCUGAGGAAGAUAGCUGGUCGUUAUUCGAAAAACAUGCCUUCAAAAAUUGCAGGUGUUGGUACACACUUACAUCUUGAAAAAAUCAGUAGACAAAUUUGUUCAAAAGUGCAAUGGUGUUCCUUUGACUAUCAGGGUGUCCCAAUCUUACCGGGAGAUUAGCGUCAGAAAUUCUCACAUCUCUUGUGUGUGUGUCGGUAUCGUAUUGCCCAGAAUUCGAAUGUAUUCCGGAAGGGGGAUUCCCGUCAAAAGUUAAAAUCACUUGACAUCAAGUCCUGUAAAAAACUGAAUGCAAAGAGAGUGCAGAAUCUGAACAAGGGUCUCCGAACACUCAACUCUCUUGAAAGUUUGUCACUUGAUUUUGACUGCGACGAAAAUCAAAGAGAGACGGGUGAAGCUUGGCCCAAGAUUGCUCACAUCAAGUGCAUAGAUAUCUGCGAGUAAGAUCCUAUUGAUUGAACUCAUUGUUGGUUCCACAGUUCUAGGGUCCUGCUUGAACUCAUUAUCGAUGGGUUUGAGAAAAUUGUUUUGACAAAGACAUGCCAUAUGAAGGAGAAACAGACCAUUUCCAUUUCAUGCGGUAUCCUCGCACAUCCCAAUAUAUUCUGGUCUUUGCCCUUCCCAAUUCAGUCUAUUGAUACUGGGAAUAUAUAUGUUGUUGUCAAUUGAUACUUUGAAAAGCUGGGUAAUGUGUCUUCUUUCUACCCUGAUAUGCAGCAGUUUCAUGGAAAGUGAGCAAAAUUUCUUGAUAUGUUAAGACACAGAUAGGCCAAGGUUUAGAUUGCUCGCAGGACUAAUAUUGCCAUGUCUUGAUGUCUGAGUUGUAAGCAUAAUUAUCAAAUUCUCUCUCAGUUUAUUAGGUUGACUCACCUCUUCACUCUAGUAGGCAAUUUCUGAUUACUGCUUCUAUUUUCGCGCUGCUUCUCUUCUCUUCUCUUCUUAUCUGAACUGGCAGACUGUUCUUUAUCUCCUCCACUCAUUCACACAAACACGAAUAUAUUUAGAGUUUCCAAGCAGAAUGAAAAUCACAGAGAGAUGAGAGCCAAUUUUGGGUCAGUGCAACAUCAGUUCCCUGGAUUUUACAAGUUCACAACUAUAUGCAGUGCUGCCGCUAAAGCAUCUCAGAAUACUUGUAGCUGUUGGACUCUCAUAAAUUUGAAGUCAUUUUGUAUAUCAUCCGGAAUUGAAGAAUGACCUUAAAGGUUGUGCCACUUCGAUAUUAUCUCAGGAGCAAUAAUUUUGUGAGCCAAAUCUUGGUUCUGUGUAUGGGAAAAAGAUACAUGAGGAUCACCAGUUUUGCAUCCUCACUGAACAGAACUCGGUCUCCAUCCUUUAUCUGUAAGAUCCUUUUUCCAGUUUCUAAGUUAAUCGAGUGUUACACAGCUUAGAGGUUGUGGCCCUUCUCAUUCUUUCAUGGACACUUAAUCAAUUAGCAAACACCUACUCUUUCUAAGUAAAUAACCCGAGGACCAGAGAUUUUUGCACCUUCAUUGAUAAGAAUAUGAUCCUUUCCCUUCCAUGCAUAAUAGUAAAUUGAUCAGUUUUGUUAACAACAUGCAGCUCGAGUACUGGUGAGGCACUCCUUAGCCUUAGCCCAGGGAUUCAAGCUUUGGCACAGCUGGCUAGCUAAUGUAUCCUCUAUUUGUUAUCUAUACUUUACAUGCAGCAUCCCAUUAAGCAAAAUUUUCAUCUUGGUAACUGCCGUGAGUAGUUUACUCCUUGGUGGGAUAUUUCUAUGCCUUGAAGGAGAAACAUCUGUUGAAGGCUUCGAUUUUCGAGGGCUUAGGCUGAAUUUAGUCUUUUUGUCAAUUGACUUUAACUUGCAUGAAUGUGAAGAAGUAGAUUCCUUUCUGGAGGAGCAAA